AACGAUGUAAAGUUAAACUAUUAACGGAACGACAAAUGAUUAGAGCCAAGAAAAACAAUGAGAGAGAGAGAGGGCGAAAGAGGUCAAUCAUGUUACAAGGUCUCGAAUCCACUGAGCAGAAAAGAGAGAGAGAGAGAGUUCGGUGCUGACUGUUCUUUUUAACGUCACUCAUUGAUGUCCACUCGUCUGUCUUCUGCUGCUCCACACCUCCGUCUGUUCACCUGUCCAUCCACCCCUCCGUCCUCGUCCCGUCCAGUCGUCCGUCAGCCGUCAGACCGUGAGAUUAUUGUGAUUGACUGAAGCUCCAACUUUGAAAACACGCGACAUCUGUUAUUAUUAUUAUUAUUAUUAUUAUAAUUAAACCUGUGUCGGACAGCGACACUGGAGAAAAAUAAAAAAAUAUGAACAAACUGUUUUAAAAACUAUUUUUAAAGUACAAAUAUAAAAAGCAGAUUGAAGAAAGCAGACACACAGAGAGCGAGAUGGGCUUCACCGACCUGCUGGACGAGGUGGGCGGGUUCGGCAGGUACCAGUGGCUCCAUGUGACUCUGAUCAGUUUACCUGGUUUGUUCAUGGCGAGUCAGAACCUGCUGAACAACUUCGUCUCAGGAAUCCCCACCCACCACUGCACCCUGCCGGCCAAUCACAGCCUCUUUAACCUGUCCCACCAACAGGUGGACAGGGACCAGCUGCUGAAAGCGUUCAUCCCUCUGGACUCGUCAGGAACUAAACUGGACCGCUGCAGGAGGUAUGUGGAGCCGCAGUGGCAGCUGUUAGCCGCUAACAGCUCAGCUAACAUGAGCCUGCUACAGACUGAAGACUGUGUGGACGGAUGGACGUUUGACCACUCUGAGUUCCGCGCCACCACUGUCACCGAGUGGGACUUGGUCUGUUCUCUGCGUCCCCUGAAGCAGAUGAUUCAGACAAUCUAUAUGGGCGGAGUUUUAACGGGAGCCAUCAUCUAUGGCAGCCUGUCGGACAAGUAUGGGAGGCGGUCUGUCCUUAUUUGGUCAUACCUGCAACUGGCCGUGCUCGGCUGUAGCGCCGCCCUCUCUCCUUCAUACACUGCCUACUGCAUUUUUAGGUUUCUGGGAGGGAUGGCGGUGUCUGGAGUCAUUCUCAAUGGAGUCUCACUGAAGGUGGAGUGGAUCCCGACCAAAGCCAGGACGAUAGUGGGCACGCUCACGUCCUUCUUCUUCACAUUUGGUCAGAUGAUCCUGGCAGGGCUCGCUUGUUGGUUGAGAGACUGGAGGAAACUGCAGGUGGUCGUCUGCGCUCCUUACUUCCUGUUUUUCGCCUACAGUUGGUGGUUCUCGGAGUCAGCUCGUUGGCUGGUCCUGAAACGCCGAUCUGAGGAUGCGUUAAAGAGUCUAAAACGAGUUGCUCGAAUCAAUGGAAAACCAGAGGUGGCAGACAAGUUAACGCUGGAGGUGCUCCAUUCACACAUGCGUAAGGAGAUGGAGUCAAGUCACUCAACGUUCACAGCUUACGACCUGUUCAAAACCAGAGGGAUGAGACGCAUCUCCAUCUGUCUCAUGGCUGUCUGGUUCUCCACCAGUUUUGCGUACUAUGGUCUGGCGAUGGACCUGCAGAAGUUCGGGGUGAAUAUCUACCUGAUGCAAAUCAUCUUUGGAGCUGUAGAUUUUCCCGCCAAACUGUUGGCUCUGGGCAUGCUCAGUUACCUCGGGAGGCGAGUCUCUCAGGCCGCCUGUCUCUUCCUGUCGGCCCUCAUCAUCUUCGCCAACAUCUUCGUCCCCACAGACAUGCAGACCGUCAGGACCACGUUAGCUUGUCUCGGUAAAGGUUUGACAUCAGCAUCUUUCACCACAGCUUAUCUGUUCAGUGGAGAACUGUACCCCACAGUCAUCAGACAGACAGGAAUGGGUUUUGUCUCCACCAUGGCGAGAAUCGGCAGUAUGGCGGCUCCUGCCGUCCUCAUCCUGGACGAGGUACUCCCUGCUCUGCCCAGUGUGGUGUAUGGAGGAGCCGCAGUGUUGGCUGGCUGCUUUGCUUGUUUCCUGCCAGAGACUCUGAACAUCCCGCUACCCGACACCAUCGAGGACGUGGAGGAGAAAUGGUCUGGAAUAAACAUUGCCUCCCGACAGAAAGAGGGCGUGUCCUUACAAGGGGGCGUGGUAUCCAACGAUGGCGGCGUGGUCUCAAAUGAUUGUGUGGCUUUAAAAGAGCUGAAGGAAAUAGAAGCAACGGGCCUCAAUGCCCUCUGACCAAUCGGAUGCUGCCACAUCACGCAGUUGGAGCCAAAAGAGUAGAGACGUAUUGGUGGCACUCUUUCAUGUCUCUAAUUGCUAUUUUACCCAUGAGCCUUAGCUGCUGUGACCACAGAGAUGUAGAUCAGAGAUGUGAAUCGUGUCUUUGUUACCAGAUUUGAGAACAAAAUAUCACCAUGGUAACUGAACUCAUCCGCCUCCAUCCUCCACCAAUCACAGAGGUGAACUGAAGCUCAACCAAUAACAUGGGCUGUAAUCAUAUAGAUUUUAAUAAGAUGAACAUAUGAUGAAGCUGAAGGAGGUUGAAUACAUUUGAAUUAGUCAGAUGUUUGAUUAUUGAUCGGACGUUCAUGGAUUCAGAAUGAAGUUUUAUGUCAGUUUUAACAGUAUACAUUAAUAGUGAUAAAUCAAUGAUCAAUAACGGAUGUGUGUGGCUGUAAGACACUAAUAAAACUGAUUAUUAUUAAUGA